CCGUGCCCCGGAUGUGGCCCCUGCCCGGGAAAAUGGCGGCGCCGGGGUGGGCGGAGGGAGCGUUGUAGCGCCCGGUGCCAUCCCCGCCAUGGCGGACCUGGGCCGGCAGCUGCACGAGUACCUCGCGCAGUCCAAGGCUGCUGCCGCCACCGGUCCCAGCGCGGUCCCCGCACCGCCGGCGGCCGGCGGCUCGGAGGAGGAGGCGGGGGACGGCGGCGGGCUGCGGGCCUGGCUGGGGGCGCUGAACCCGUUCCCGCCGGGCAGUCCCCCGGGCGCCACGGUGUGGCCUUGGACGGGAGAGGAGGACCCGUGGCUGCCGGGGCUGUCGCGCUGGCAGCGGCUGGCGGGCAGCGGGCUGUGCGUGCUUCUGGCCGCGCUGUGCUUCGGGCUGGCGGGGCUGUGCGUGCCGCUGCUGCUGCUGCGCGCCCGCAAGUUCGCGCUGCUCUGGUCGCUCGGCUCGCUGUGUGCGCUGGGCGCCGCCGCGCUGCUGCGCGGGCCCGCCCGGCUGCUGCGGGAGCCCGGCCGCGGGGCGCUGCUGUACCUCGGGGCGCUCUUCGGGACGCUGUACGCCGCGCUGGCGCUGCGCAGCACCGCGCUGACGGCGCUGGGCGCCGCCGCGCAGCUCGGCAUCGCCGCCGCCGCGCUCCUGGCCGCGCUGCCCGGCGGUGCCGCCGGCCUGCGCCGCCUCGCCGGGCUGCUCCGCGCCGCGGUGUGCGGCCGGGGCAAGGCACUGCCUCUGUGAGCCCGGCGCGCCGGGGAGCAGCGGCCGCGUCCCCGCGGGAGUCCCUCGCGCACGGACCGAGAGCCUCGCGCUGUCGCCAGCCGACUCCCAGACCAGCGGGGACGCCGCUUCUCUUCGCCUCCUCCGCGUCCCGGCACGUUUUCCUCGCCAGCGCUCGAGCAGCAGCGGCGGGGCUGUCAGCCCGGAGCGGCCCCGGUGACUCGGAGCUGCGGGUGCUGUGUGCGGUGUCAGCCUGCCGAGCCGCCCCCGAGCUCGUUAUCUGCCUUACCGCGCUGUCAGCUCCCUAGGCACGGCUUGGCAUCGCUCCACCUCUGGGUGGGGAGCUGGCAGCAUCCCGCUCGUGCCUCCAGCCGGGACCGUGUGGCUGCUGCAGCGGCUGCUGCGGACCGCGGAUCCGUGCGGCGUCAUUGUGGACUGGCCCGGUACUGAGGAGCAGCUGAGGUGCGCAAGGCUGACGGAUGCCGAAACACGAAGAUGAUUUAGCAAAAUGCGAUCGAGGCUAGGGGAGAACAUUGAAAAAUUAACUGGUGUUACCUCAUUUUGUGCUGACCCCUACACUAUGAACACAUACUGUUUUUGCUGUCACCUCAGACCAGUGGUGAAUACGAAGACUCUGGCCACUGAACUGCAUUUCUCUCUAUAAAGCAGCUUUAAAAUAACCAUCCAGUACUGCUCUCUGAACUUGGGCAGGAGUUGCUUACUUGUCCCAGCGUGACCUUCAAAAAUAAUUUGCCAGUAACUGGAGCUCUGCUUCAGUGCAGAAACUGAGCUGCCUCAGGAGGGUGCUGAAUUCAGGCUGACAGAGCUGGGUGCUCCAGUUUGGGCUGGGUACUGGACCGUGCAAGGAAAUGGGACAACGGGGCCUCACCUGCACAGAGCCCCCAGAUGGCAGACUAGCAAGCAGUGGUGAUUGCCUGCAUUUUGGAAUUUUGACCUCAGCACCAUUGUAAUCUGUAGACAGCUGUGGCUAAAGGUGAAAAUGAAACUUCUCUGUACAUGAUAAACCAAAACCCCAGGAAUCGGCUCUCAGUAUUUUAAAUGGCUGAGAUUUCAGGAGGUAGUACUGUUGCUCCAUCUGAAACACAAGUUUGCCUAAAUACAACCCUCUGUAGGAAUAGGUCCACCUGGAGCAUCCAUGUCCCUGUGGUCAGAGGUUCCCGGUCCAUCGUGCCAGGGACGUUUCCGUGGUGGCAGUGAGGCCAUGUCCAUGCCCUGGAGUGAAGAGGAACGUUCUCUGUUGGCUGGAGAGUGCCC